CCCAUAAUGGGUUAUGCAGUCAUUGUGAUGAAGUUGAACAUGUUAUUCUUCAUUGCACAGCCUACAACAAUGAAAAACAAGAAUUACACUCAAAACUGCAGACAAAGGGAAUCCAAGGCAUGUCAUUAAAAAGUCUUUUAACGAAAAAACAAGGGGAAUUAGAUAUGACAGAUGAUGUUUUGAGGUAUAUGAAAGCAACAGGAUUAUAUUCGAGAAUAUACUCCAGAUUCGGUAAUGCUCUAAGAAUGCUAACCGCUAAAAAAAACAAGAGAAGAAGAAGAAGUGUGACGCCCACUUUUUUAUCUGUCCUGUUUCCGGAAGUUUUUAUUUCCUCCUCUUUACAGAGACCGAGAGUUACUUUCUCUUUCACUCAGUGUGCUAAUAUUCUUUAUUUCUUUUAGUUUUGGUGUAUUCGUUAACUUAUAUUGUCAUUAACUAUGUUUUGUAUUCUUCUUACUUGAGUUCAUACACAGAACAAACUGUUUUCAGAUCAUUAUCUCGUUCAUUUUGGCGAAUUCAGGCUCGUUUUUUCUGGGCCCAUGUAAAUGUAUAAAUACAUGUAUUUUUCAGUGGUGAAAAUGAAAAAACUCUGUAUUUUGUUCGCUGUAAUUUUGCUUGUUGAUGGUGUGUCUGCAGGUUAUGACCAAAUGUUGGUGUCAGUGAACGUGGGAGAUUCCCUCACUCUACACACUGGUUAUAUAAGAAAACAAGAAGACAAGAUGACAUGGUAUUUUAAUAACACUCGUAUAGCUCAAAUCAAUGGAAAUGUCAUUAAGAUCUGUACUGAUGUACAAUGUGAUGAGACAUUCAGAGACAGACUGCAGCUGAACACUCAGACUGGAGAUCUUACCAUCACAAACAUCACAACUGAGCACACUGGAAUGUAUCACCUACAGAUGAUCAACUCUGACAUAAGUCUGAAGAUCUUCAAUUUAUCUGUCGAAGUUGGUGUGCCUUGGGCCGAUAGAAUGAAGAAAGUGAAUGAGGGAGAGUCUGUCUCUUUAGAUUCUGGUGUAACUAAAAAACAAAAUGACUCGAUCACAUGGUAUUUUAAUGGUAUUCGCAUAGCUCAAAUCAAUGGGAAUACCAGUGAGGCCUGUACAGAUGUGCAGUGUGAUAUUGAAAAUGAGAGAUUGCGAGACCGAUUGAAGCUGAAUGAUCGGACUGGAUCUCUUACCAUCACAAACGCCAGAAUCACAGACACUGGAGAAUAUCAACUAGAGAUCAGCAGCAGCAGCAGAUUCAGCAGCAGCAGCCGUCGCCGCAGCAUCAGCUUCAGCAGCAGAAAGACCUACAGCGUUACAGUCAUUGAUCCAGGUCCGUCUUUAGGUGUAAUAGCAGGUAUAAUUGUUGGUGUUCUGCUGCUCGUGGCUGCAGUGACUGCUGGUGUUUUUUAUCACUGCAGACAAGCAGGACAACAGGGUCAAAAGCAGCCGCGUGAUGAUCAGGAGAAUGAUGGAGUGAAUCCACCACCUCAUCAGAAUGGCGAAGUGAACGAGUCGACUCCUCUGAAUGACGGAGUGAACGAGUCGACUCCUCUGAAUGACGGAGUGAACGAGUCGACUCCUCCGAAUGGCGGAGUGAACGUCUCGACCCAUUAGACUCUUGAUAACUGAUGAGACUGAGACUACCAGUCUGUUGACCCAUUAACCUUAUUUUAUUAUUCUUGUAUUGAGAAGUACAAUGGAGAGAUUACAGGAAACAAUGGGGAAUAGUGGAUCUGAGACAUUAUGCCAGCUGAACUACUUGUGUUGCCCACAUGAGCACCACCACAGGCAUAUGAUAUCAUGAUUGUGCCUUACGACUGCAAUGACAAGAUUUACAAUGAAAAAGGAGUUGUAAUUUGGCCAACUUUUUCAUUUUGGGCCCCCAUUGUCAUUAGUCUUUACUGAAACUUAGCACUUGUUUUUCUGUUCCUUCUGCUCACCAUAUCUGAAGCUCAAGGAUUUCUUAAGCUCGUCUUUUAGUACAAACUGGCAUAAACUGGUAUUCUGAUAGCGUAGAGCGCCUCUUAGACUGGCACACAGAUAGAGAUGCCUGUUAUUAACACCUGAUGAUUUUCCUUGAAGCACUUUUCUGGUAUAAAUAUGUUUGAUUGUCAGUAAACCUUUGAAGAUGCUUUGAUAUCAA